CUCUAAAUAAUCUGAAGCUUGCAGAUCCUUCGGUAGACAUAACAGCGGAUGAGUACCUUGAAGUGGAUAACAGCUUGGUUAGUACAAAGUUACCAACAGAAGAAGAUAUAUUCGAAUUUCUGAUAGCUGAAA